AUGUCCUGGGCAAUAAAUGGUUAUGAUGGUUGCCAAAAUGGUCGCAAUAAUAUAAGUGCUCAUGAAUUAACUACAUCACUCAUUUGGCUUGAACGUGCGCCAGAUGCACUUGCAGAUAAAGGGGAAGCAUAUUGCAGGCUCUGUCGGUCUAUAUUAAGAGCCCAUAAAACAGAUCUCUUAAAACAUGCUAAAACGAUAACGCACAAAUCCAGAGCUAGCAAUAUAAUUGUUAAACAGCAACCAGCUCUUGUCUCGUAUGGGUUUACAGCCAAAUCUGAUUCUGAUAAAAAAAGGGAUUUGAAAGUGAGUAUGUUUAUUGCAACACAUUCAGUCAUUAGGACCAUAGAUCAUCUUGGUGAGUUAUUAAAGCAAGACGACAUAAAUGGUUCAAAUAAUAAUCCAUUAUCAUUUCUUCGACUCCAUCUUACCAAGUGUACAAAGUUAAUUACACAUGUCAUAGCGCCAGCAUACUUGACAGAACUUAUUGAAGACGUUGGUCAAAAUCCUUAUUCAAUUAUACUAGAUGAGUCAACUGAUAUAAGUACCCAUAAGUAUAUGGCGUUUUGUAUUCGUUAUUAUAGCUUUACUCAAUCUGAUAUGGUAACAGAUUUUUUAGGAUUCGUCGAAAUAGAUAAAGCUACUGCAGAUAUUUUGAAGAAUAUAUUCAUACACUCUCUGGAACAGUCGAAAUUAAACAUUAAAAAUCUUAUGGGGAUUGGUACAGAUGGUGCUAGUAACCUUUGUGGAAAAAACCAUUCGCUAUUUACACUUAUAAAAGAAUCUAUUCCAAAUAUUGUGCUUGUCAAAUGUAUUUGCCAUUCUUUAAAUCUAUGUUCAGCAAAAGCAUGCGAAGAACUUCCAUCAACAUUGGAAUUUCUGAUUUGAGAAUCCCGGAACUGGUUUUCACGCAGUUCAUUAAGGCAAAUCACAUAUCAAUCUUUAUUUGCAGCGUUAUACGAUGGAAAAAAGCCCCCCAAGCUGGUUCAACUAUCUACUACCAGAUGGUUGGCGGGGUAUGGUUGUGUCAAAGCAGUUAUAGGUCAGUGGCUAUCAUUAAAAACUAAUUUUAACAUAAUAUUUCAAAAUAGAGAACAGACAUGCUAUAUAUCAAGAAAAUUAAGUAAUAUGUAUAAAGAUGAAUCAAAUUUACUUUACUUAAUGUUUCUAAAGCAUGUAUUACACGAAGUAACAUAAGUGAAUGUUAUUUUCCAAGGUACAAAUGUUGAUUUAUUUAAAGCAAACAGUGAUUUAAAAAAAUUACUUAUUGCAUUGAUUCGCCGUGUAUUGAAACCAAAUAACAUUAGUCAAAUAAUUAUAAAAAGUACUCAAAGAAAGAUUCUCAGACUAACAGAUAUUGAAGCUGUACGGAAUGCGUUAAGAUUUCCAGGUGCUCAUCUAUCAAAUAAUUGUGUUGAUUAUGGUUGGCAAUUUGAAACUCAGUUCAAAUUAAGUAUUUAAAGCAAGAAUAUCAACCAGCAACAGUUAAAUAUUGUAAAGCAAAGAUGUACCAACUUUUUACUAAAAUUAUGUAAUGAGCUUUGCAACAGAUUACCAGAUAAUAUGUCUACCAUUGAAAAAAUAGAAUAUUUCUGCCCUGAUCAAUGUUUCAAUUCAAAUCAAAGACCAUCAUUUGGUGAACUUCCUCUAAAUUUAGCAGACAGCAGUGUUGAUAAAGAUAUCUUAGAAAUGCAAUGGCGACAACUAGGAGACAUAACAUUUAAUGAAAAUUCCCAGGCGCAUCAAUCUCUCGACUCGCAACUCGAAGUCUUAUCGCACGGCGUGAUUUUUACGGCAUUAGAUUUGUCUAACGGAUUUUUACAGAUACCGCUCUCCCCCGAA